UUUGCGAAAUACGGAAAGUUUGCUGUUGCGCAAGGCAGUAUGGGUAGAUUUUUCUCCCCCAGCCAGAAUUUUCCGACGCCAUUACACUCAGCGCGGUCAGUGCCAGUCUGAAGUUCUGCGAGUCACGUGGAAAGUUGUAAACAGGUUGGUUGUGUGUAAUGAGAAUAGGAAUGGAGUGCCGCCUCUCAAACAAAAUAUAUUAAGUUUAACACAUGAUAAUCACGUUUUUGUUCAUUUCAUCAAAUUAUUAGUUGGUUAAUUUUGUCUCGAAGGUUUCUAACAGCAUUCCAACCGGCGCUAUACAGGCCAGGGUAGUGUGGCUCGCAGCUGAGCACGGGACCUUUGCUGCUAGCUACGUUAGCAUUGGCAUGUCGGCUGCGCUUCCUAUGUACCAGGUACGUCAAAAGCCCAUUUUUUUGUUCCCCCUCAUACAUUAAGUUGGUCUCGAUAGGCAGUUGGUAGUCGUGUGUGUGUUUCAUGUCGACAUCUGAAUGUGUGUGUUUUCGCGUAUUUUGAAGCGUGAGUGGACGUUUGCUGCUAGCUGUGCUAGCAUUAGCCCGCCGCAUGCGCUUCAUAAGUACGUCAAAAGCCAAUUUUUUAUUCCUCGUACAUGAAAUUUGGUCUCGAUAGUCAGUUGGUAGCCGUGUUUAUUUCAUGUCGACAUCUGAAUAUUUGCGUUUCGCGUAAUUUUGAAGCGUGAGUGGACGUUUGCUGCCAGCUCCGCUAGCAUUAGCCCGCCGCAUGCGCUUCAUAAGUACGUCAAAAGCCAAUUUUUUAUUCCUCGUACAUGAAAUUUGGUCUCGAUAGUCAGUUGGUAGCCGUGUUUAUUUCAUGUCGACAUCUGAAUAUUUGCGUUUCGCGUAAUUUUGAAGCGUGAGUGGACGUUUGCUGCCAGCUCCGCUAGCAUUAGCCCGCCGCCUGCGCUUCGUAAGUAGGUCAAAAGCCAAUUUUUUGUUCCUCGUACAUGAAAUUUGGUCUCGAUAGUCAGUUGGUAGCCGUGUAUGUUUCAUUGUAACAUUUGAAUGUGUGUGUUUUGCGUUAUUUUGAUGCGUGGGUGGACGAUGGCCCGUUUGCCCAGCUAAUGUUAGCCCAUACGAUUUGUGUAUGUGUGUGUAUGUAAAUUAGCCACGUGUGUGUGUAUUGUUAUAGCUCGCUGUGUUACGUUACCAUACUACUGAGAAUGGCAAUAAUUAAAAGGGGUGAUGAUUAAGUAGAAUCAGAUUUCCCCUGUGUAUUAUAUGACUUUCCAUUCCCUAAAGUGAAAUAAGCAGUGAGGAAAACAUUGCAGCCCAAAGAGAGUGGCCCAUGCAGCCCAAAGCAGAUUGCUCAUUUGAAGAGAGGUACUCGGUGGCUCAUUCCUCUUAAACACACACCAACAUGGAACUUGUGAAAAACUAUGUCAAGAAAGCAAUGCCAUCGCUUAGUAGCGAUCAGAUGGAUACACUGAUGGCUAAACUGGAGGAAUUAGGAGUUCUCUCUGUAGAUGACCUGAGCCUUGUUGACCCGGAGGACAUUAAAGACACUCUGCCAUUUAUUCAGUGCAAAAGAUUCGUCAGAGCUGUCAAAGCAUUGGAAUCAGAUUCACAAGCUCCACCGCAGUUUACCAGGCCUGGCCCCUCAUCAACACCUGAGCCACAUAGGUUUCAGCUGCCUUCAACACCACCUGAGACAGCCGACUCCCCAUCCCAAGACACAUAUUCUGUUCCAUGGCACAAAUUUCCCUCAAAAGUCAUGGAUGACUUGCGUGAAAAGAAGUACAUAAUGGGGAAAGACAGACGAGAGAUGGUUCGGAUCGUCGCUGAAGAUUACCUCCACAAACACCCAGGAAGACCUGGUAGACAAAAGCUGAGGGAACUCGCCAGUAUGAUUGUAGGACAAUAUCCUGCCUCCUUCAAGCUUACAGAGCCGUUUGGAAACAAACCUUUUGCAAAAGAUGGUUCUGAAACUCUAUUUCGUCAGCUGGAACACAGAAUUGAAAAUAUGAAGAGGCCACAAAGCUCACUGAAGAGGCGAGCAGGGGGUGAAAAUUCAACAAAGAAAAGGCCCAGGAAUUCAGAUCAGUAUGGAUGUGUGGCGUGGGAUCCAAUCAUUGAGGGGACUGUGUGUAGAGAAGACCUGCUGUCUAAACGAGAUGACUUGAAACGUGCCUUUCAAACCCAGGAUCUUCAGGAGUCAUCUGUUAGAAAAUUGAUGACUGAAACAUAUCCCAUUCAGCGUGAAAUCCUCAACGAUGCUGAUACCCCUAUUGGCGUUGUAAAGGAGGAGUGGCCGUUCCUGUUUGAAGUUCCUCAUCUGUUUGAUCAUGCAUCUAAACUCCUUGGCUUCUCUGUACAAAACAAGCUGGCACAGGAACUUUCCAAAAAAGAAAAGGGGAUCAAUGACUUCCUUGACUCCAAAGGGAUGAAGACGGGCGAAGGUCCAAUACAGCUCAUCUGUGGCAUUGCAAAAUACUUCAAGGAAGACUCUUAUAAACUCUUCGACAAAAAAGAGAUCUCUGCAGAUCCUGAAGUCGAACUCCCAGUGACCCCAUGCAUCCUAGUCAGAGGUGACCAGCAAUUCAAGAUUGCUCUUGAUGGGUUACUUGUCAAUGACCACAUCACCUCUCCCAUUGUGGCUUUGAGCUACGUCUUCUCCAUGUUUUAUGUCUGCAACAUCCAAUACCCACCGGAGAUGGCUUUUACUCUCGAAUUCAUGCAAAGAGUUUUCUUUGGGAUCAAUCCUGAGCGAGGCUCCAAGGCAGAGAAGAAAGGGAAGAAACAGCACUUCAUUCCUCCACAGGUGUGCAAGCUGGUUUCUCAGCUGAAGGAAUUUGAAUGCAAGCAGAAGGACUCUGAGUGGGCCAUUUGAGCUGUUCUCAAAGCUCAGAAAAUACCUUUUUGGACUGUAUGUACAAUUUUUAUAGUAUUAUGUGAGUUCAGAUGUUUUAACUAGAUGCCCACAACACACAUGCUGCAGUUUCAAAUCCCCCAUGUUAAGAGGGAGGGAAGGUGGGCGAUAUUUGUCAUUCCAGGUAGAGCUUUGCCUGUCAAUGUGGAGUUGGAGGUGUAAAUUUUAAGUUUUAUUUUUUUACAGAAAUCUCUUUUUGGCAUGUUGCACAGAGUCAUCCUUAUAAGGUUAUGAUUGUUAUUGCUGCACUGAUGUUUUAUAGAAAAUUUAUAUAAUGUAAUACUUCUAAUGUUCUACUUGUUUUUUGUAGAAAGGUCAGACACUGGUUGCUGAGCUCUGCCUGUCGGUGUGAUAUGUGGAGUUGGAGGUGUAGGUUUCUGCAUCCUCCUGGAGGGGGCUCCUCAUUUUGCACUGACAGGUGAGACAGCAACAGCAAUGCUGGCAGUUUUAUUGUUAUUUA